AUGAGAUGGCAGGAGGUCUCAGUGAUUGUGGCUGAAUUUGACGCAUUUGUGUUGGUAACAGCCUAUGUACCUAACGCAGGUCAAGGUCUGUUACGCUUGGGGUACUGGCAGCACUGGGAUGAAGGCUUUCGCAAGUUCCUGAAGGGUUUGGCUUCCCAGAAGCCCCUUGUGCCAUAUGGGGACCUCAAUGUGGCUCAUGAAGAAAUCGACCUUCAUGACCCCAAGGGAAACAAAAAGAAUGCUGGCUUCACUCCACAAGAGCGUCAAGGCUUUGGGGCAUUACUACAGGCUAUGCCACUGGCUGGCAGUUUCCGGCACCUCUACCCCAACACAGCCUAUGCCUAUACCUUUUGGACCUACAUGAUGAAUGCUCAAUUCAAAAAUGUCAGUUGGCACCUUCAUUACUUUUUGUUGUCUCACUCUCUGUUACCUGCAUUGUGUGACAGCAAGAUCCAUUCCAAGGCCCUGAGCAGUGACUACUGUCCUAUCACCCUACACUUAGCACUGUGA